AUGAAAUGCUGUGUCCUCGUACAAAAGGCGAAGAGAGGCACCUCAAGUAUUCCAGAUCGAAGUGUCCGAAGUGAUGGCAGUACCUGGCAAAGCGUGUGCAAUUAUGUGAGACAAGGUGGUACGUGUGUUUCAAUCCGGACUAAGGGCCCCACGCUUCUCCAAGGCCUCGUACAAUUCUUGAUCCAAGGAAAGCUCUUCGCGCCAGUCAGCAGACCAUCCAAUGUAAUUCCCCCCGGCAUGAGCAUUUUGGUUUUGGGCUUGGAGGUUGGGUCCACUUUCCUCGUAAUGCUUUACGAGCUUCGCACAAUGACUGCUAGCCAAGACCGUUCAGCCGAAGAGUUUUAG